UAAGAAGAAUGGGGGAUGACGAGUUAAGAGACUUGGGGUUGCCAUCGAAUGCCGUUGGCCAGCUACGUAGUAUCGUGAAAGGUCAAACUUCCAACGGUUUAAAUCUGCUUCCAUCCGACAAGAAAUUUGAGAGUUCAACCAACACUAUUCCACAUCCCGUUUUAGACCACGUUGAGAACGAGGUGGUUAGAGGAAGCGAGGGUAACACUGGCACAAAAUGCAUCCCGUUACAUCAGCAACAACAGCAGAUUUUGCAUCACCACCACAAUCUCGCCAGCUCAAGUGUCAGACGAUAUCCAACCAUCUCGCCCAUGGAUCCAUCACCGAUGCAGAUAUUUCCGCCUCCACCUUCUGUCUAUGCUGAUCAAAAUACUUUGUGCUACGCAUGCCUAACACUGCCAAUCAACGGGAUGCAGAAUCGAUAUCCAAGAUAA